GGAAAGAAGACAGUGUAAGGGGAGGAGUGAGUGUCGCCUCCAGUUGCUGUGUGUGUGAGCGAGAUGAUGGAGAAGGCGAUUCUGUACCUGAUUGCGCUCAGCCCACUCAGUCUCAGCUGAUGCCACAGCGUGUUCAUAGACAUGGACAUGAACUUGGGCAUGGGUAGACAGGGCGGAGCAAGAUAUAGGGCGCUUGGAAUGGAACCCGAGCCUGGCUCCCAUCUCUUCUCCCCUCGACUUGGAACCCCCAUGGCACAGCCUCAGACUAUCCCAAAACUGGGAUACCCCUGUCUCGCUGCCUCUGAUGACACCAUCUUCCUCGUCGGCCUCCAGUAUCCCGCUGCUGCUUCAGGGAACUCCACCACGCCCACCAAAAACUCCACCUAUGCUCUGCAGUCCUACACCCUUCCCAUCGACAAAAACCUCUCCAGCGGCUCUCCUCUCGACUUUAGCCCCAUCCCUGCGGCCAAAUCCAACACCGUCAGACCUCUCGCCAACAGCAGGAUGAUCUGUGCCCUCGACAAGACCUCUGGCACAUUUCUUUACAUCUUCAACGAAAAUGUCUACCUCGAGAACGCCCAGACACCUGCCCUCGCAGCUUCAGAGCCCAUUGCAACCUGGGAUGCUACCCGAGGUACGGCGCCGCAGGUCGCCUGGUCCAAGACUGAUGGUCAGGGCCAGUUCCAAUGGCUCGGACUCAUUGGCGGCAACUGGACUAUGUUCGACAUUGAUGCCGCUCACGGCGUCUCGGGUCCCACGCCUGCGUAAGGCCUCCUGUUCGCUUUCAAUGCUUUUCUUUUGAGUAAAGGCCCAUUAAUGCCCUAACUGCGGUACAUUUUCUUUUACUUGUCGAUAGCCCUG